AGGAGAGCCGGUAAUCAGCAUUCCUCGGAGGGGACAUCUACACAGAUCAUCAGAGCACUGAUGAUCAGUCAGUGCCACCUGUCAGUGUCCAUCAGUACCAGCUCUGUGCUCAUCCAUGCCACCUGCCAGUGUCCAUCAGUGCCACAUCAGUGCCACAUUUCAGUGCCCAUCAGUGCCACAUCAAUGCCACAUAUCAGUGCCCAUCUGAGCUGCCUUUUAGUGUCACCCAUCAUCAGUGCCAGUCAGUGCCACCUAUCAAUGCCAGUCAGUGCCACC